AUGUCUGCGGUCAACCCCGUCAACCCGAAACCCUUCAUGCAGGAGCUCACGGGGAAGCCCGUGUACGUUCGUCUCAAGUGGGGGCUUGAGUACAAGGGCUUCCUGGUGAGCACGGACGGCUACAUGAACCUCCAACUCGCGAACACCGAGGAGUUCCAGGAUGGAAAGUCGAACGGCGCGUUGGGCGAGGUCUUCAUUCGCUGUAAUAAUGUUCUCUACAUCAUGAGUACCUCUUCCUUCAUCUACGUAGAGGCAACAGAUUGA